GCGCGCUUUCUCCCUCUCUCUCUAAAAUCCACGACGCCAUUGAUGACCGUACGCUCCAUAUAAACCGCACCGCCUCGCGCUCCACAUCCCCGCAUCGCCUUCGUCGCACCAUCGAAUCUCUAGUUCGCGCUCUCUUGUGAAGUCACUGCCGGAUUUGGGAGCCGAACACCGGCGUUGGAAGGAUGGUGAGACUACCGUACCUGACCGCGCUCACCACCCUCUUCAGUUACGGCCUCCUCUUCGCGUUCGGCCAGAUGAGAGAUUUCUUUCGGAAGCUCAUCGAUUGGUCCAAAUCCAAGGGCAAGGACCUCAAGGGGUAUGCGCCCAUCUGCUUAGGGCUCGAAGAUUUCUACACCCGCCGGCUCUAUCUCCGGAUUCAGGAUUGUUUUAGCCGACCAAUUGCGAGUGCACCAGAUGCUUGGAUCGAUGUAGUUGAGCGUUACUCUAAUGACCAUAACAAGACGCUACACCGGACCUCAAAUACUACCAAGUGCCUAAAUCUGGGAUCAUACAACUACCUUGGAUUUGCAGCAGCAGAUGAAUACUGUACACCCCUUGUUAUCGAGUCUCUGAAGAAAUACUCAGCCAGUACCUGCAGCGUUCGUGUCGAUGGCGGGACGACAAACCUUCACACCGAGCUGGAGGAACUAGUUGCAAGAUUUGUGGGAAAACCAGCUGCUAUACUUUUUGGUAUGGGUUAUGUGACAAACUCUGCAAUUAUUCCCGCUCUGGUAGGGAAGGGGGGACUGAUCAUUAGUGAUUCUUUGAACCAUAACUCUAUUGUCAAUGGUGCCCGAGGAUCUGGUGCAUCAGUACGCGUUUUCCAGCACAAUAGCCCCUCACAUUUGGAAGAGGUGCUGAGAGAGCAGAUAGCUGAGGGUCAGCCGCGGACGCAUAGACCCUGGAAAAAGAUAAUUGUUAUUGUUGAGGGCAUCUAUAGCAUGGAAGGAGAACUCUGCAAUCUUCCUGAAAUCAUAGCAGUCUGCAAAAAAUAUAAGGCAUACACCUACUUGGAUGAGGCUCACAGCAUUGGUGCUGUUGGAAAAUCAGGCAGAGGUGUGUGUGAACUCCUAGGAGUCGAUACAGCUGACGUGGACAUCAUGAUGGGAACAUUUACAAAAUCAUUUGGAUCUUGUGGGGGCUACAUUGCAGCAUCAAAGGAAAUCAUUCAGUAUCUGAAGCACACUUGUCCUGCUCAUCUGUAUGCUACUUCCAUGUCACCACCUGCUGUGCAGCAAGUUAUAUCUGCAAUUAAGGUUAUCCUUGGUGAAGAUGGUUCAAAUAGAGGAGCUCAGAAACUUGCAAGCAUCCGUCAAAAUAGCAACUUCUUCAGGUCAGAACUUCAGAAAAUGGGAUUUGAGGUUCUUGGUGAUAAUGAUUCUCCAGUAAUGCCAAUAAUGCUUUACAACCCAGCUAAGAUCCCAGCAUUUUCAAGGGAAUGCCUUAGACGGAAUGUUGCAGUUGUGACCGUUGCAUUCCCUGCAACACCUCUUCUUCUUGCAAGAGCUCGAAUCUGCAUAUCUGCUUCACACACCAGAGAAGACCUGAUGAAAGGGCUGGAUGUUAUCAGCAAAGUUGGAGACCUUGUGGGCAUCAAGUACUUCCCUGCAGAACCUCCCAAGCAUGUGGAGCAGGACAAGAAGACACUGUAGUAGAAGAAGACUCAGUUGUUGAUCCACUGGAAAUCAUGCCACCGGCGACAUCUUGGGUCGCAUCAACCUUGUGCCUUGUCCAAUUUUCUUUAAAGUGGGUCUACUUCUUGGGUUGUUUUCCGGAAGUUGAGUUUAUUUGUCCAGCUGAAAUUGCUUGUUUGAGUCUCUAAUAUGAUCCAUGUACAGGUUUAGUAAGUUGAGUGUGUUGUUUUUCUUAUGAUGUGGUCAAUAUCAUCUCAAUUUUUUGAUGUAAUAGUCUAGUAAUCUAAGCUACAGAUUAUUUUCAAUGUACUCUAAUAAAAAAUUGGUGGAAUUCAAACAUAUAUAUUUCGACCC